UCCGCUGCGCGGGGGCGGAGCGGGAGGUCGGAAGGUUCCAGAGGGGCCGUGGGGUUGUCGGUACUGCUGGGGAGGCGCGGCUCGGCGUUGUGCCACACGCGACAUGGCUGCUGUGCGCGAGGAGCUGCAGAAGGAUUUGGAGGAGGUUAAAGAGCUGCUUGCGAAAGCCACGAGGAAGCGGCUGCGUGAUGUCCUGAUGAUGGAAAAGCACAAGCUAGAGCUAGAAAUCAAGAAUCAGCCUCUGCCAAAGCCAAAAGAUGUGAUAGAGGAAGAAAAAUCAUCACUGGGAGGAUACACAGUGAAAAUCAACAAUUACGGUUGGGAUCAGUCAGAUAAGUUUAUUAAGAUUUAUGUCUCUUUAAAUGGAGUCCAGAAGCUUCCAGCUGAGAAUGUGCAGGUGAAUUUCACAGAGAGGUCAUUUGAUCUGCUAGUGAAGAACCUGAAUGGGAAGAACUACACCAUGACAUUCAACAACCUCCUGAAGCCCAUCUCUGUGGAAGGCAGCUCCAGAAAGGUCAGUGCAAACCCCGUGUGUUACAGGUAGCACCAUGGUCAUUGU